ACUUAUAUGAGGUGUAGGGCUACUACUAUACAUAUAUAUCAUCAGUGCAUCACAAGCAUGCAUAUUCUGUUUAAUUGAAGAGCAACAGAAGCAACAGAUGGUUUGAAAUUAAAAGGACAAUCAAAAGAUGAAGUCAUCACUGUCCAGUGUAGCGCUGGUCACUCUAUUGGUCUCCAGCACACAUGCUUUCAUGUCUGUUUUGGUGGGUAAUGAAAACACCCAUGUGACCAUUACUAGUCAGGCCGUUAUGGCGAAAAUCUAUGAGGUGUGUGAAGCAGUUGCUAAAUAUGAGGGAAGACCAUUUAAACCAACGGGGCCAUCAGCAGAGGAACUGCUAUAUGCCUGCCUGGGCACGAAGACGGGUGAAGUUUCAGGUGCCAGAUUCCGGACAGCGUUGAAUCAAAUCUACACGCAGAAUGUCAUUGUGGACCGUGACUUCAUGACCAGCGCACCGCACCAUUUCAACAACGAGGCCUUCGGCGAGGGACACGACCUCAUCAUUCAUGGAAUAAAAGCCAUUUUAGAUCAUGUCCGCACCGACAACCUUCAGUCUGCCCGAGAAACGCUGGGGCGAGUGUGUCACACACUGCAGGAUUUCUACAGCCAUAGUAACUGGGUUGAACUGGGUAACAAAAGUCCAUAUGCCAAUCUCAUCAGACCAGAUCUCAACAUUGAGAACAUAGCAGAUCGUUCAAUGCCAACAUGCAGUGACUGUGCCAGUGGCAACUGUCCAAACCCUUUGCUGCCUGCCACUCUCAAUGGGAAGUACCUUACUUCAGGAUACAUGGGGUUCGACUCUCCUGACAAACCUCAAGGUAAAUGCAGCCAUGGUGGGGAUGCUGAUCUCAGUAGUGCCCAGAUUCCUCGUGGUGGGAUCAGUAAGGAUGAGAGCCAUUCUUAUAAUGCUGAUCUGCACAAUACUGCUGUAAGCCUGGCAGCGGAGGCCACCACGGAGCUGUUAGAGGGCAUCCGUGCAGCUAUAGGCAACAAUGACUAUCUACGGUUAAUGGGAAUCACAAGAUCAGUAGUGCUGGCUUUUGUGAUUGAUACCACAGCUAGUAUGGCAGUUUACUUGGACGAUAUUAAGAAAGUCACCGGUGAUGUCAUUGACAAGAAAAAGGGAACUCAAGAUGAACCAUCUGAAUAUAUUCUGGUGUCGUGUAAUGAGCCAGAAUUUGGACCGCUGAUAAGGACCACAAAUCCAGAUGUGAUGAAGGCCGAGAUUUUUCAUCUCAAAGCUAGCAGCGGUGGAAAGGGAAUGUGCCUGUCAUCUCUUCGGUUGGCUUUGACAGGUGCUCCACCCUCUUCGCAUAUAUAUGUGUUUACGGAUGAUUCACCUAAUGAUAUAGGACUAGAGAAAAGCAUUACAACCCUAAUCCGUAGCACCAAAUCAACGGUAUCUUUCAUUGUUCCACUAUGGCUAAGGAGGAGAAUGGCUUUGGUGGCACAGCCACGCUCAGAGUUUCAGGUGUAUCAUGAUCUGGCUUUGGCUUCUGGGGGUCAAGCCAUGGAGGUCUCCAGGACCAUGCUUACUCAAACCACUGACAUCAUUGCUGAUACCUGUACUUCAAAGCUGGUCACAAUUCUGCAGCGCUCCAGGAACCCUGGACGUGUCGAGAGUUUUCCCUUUUUGCUAGAUAAGUCCGUAUCUAACGCCACCAUCUACAUCACAGGAAGUAACCUGCUAUUCACUAUACGCAGCCCUUCAGGUGUGUCUCAAACUAAUACAGAACCCAAUGGGAAGUUGGGAACAAAUGUUAGAGUGGGAAACCUGGAACGAUUUCACUUGAAAGCAACUGAGAUAGGCAUGUGGUACAUUGACAUGAGGUCAACGCAACCCUACACAAUAAAAGUUACCGGUCAGAGCACAAUUACAUUUAUUUAUGACUUUGUGGAGGAAUUCAAAGGACCUCAUCCUGGUUUUGCCAUCAUUAAUCAACGGCCACCAGCAGGCUUGCCGGCUAAGCUGUUGCUAACGCUGACCGGAGAUAAAGGUCCAGAAGUUUUGGAAGUGCAGGAGGUUUCUCUUGUGGAGGUUUCUGGGAACACUGUAUCUACCGGAACCGUGGAGAAAAUGAAUAAUGGAGAAGUCCUAGUUACAGUGAAAGAGUUCCCAGAGGGUGAGUUUGCGGUACUGCUAAAGGGGAUGGAUAAAAUUUCCAAUUGCCUGUUCCAACGACAGACUACCACACAGAUGUCUCCAUCCAAACUCAACAUCAAGGUAAUGGCAGAUGGGUCCAUGCAUCCCGGAGAAAAAUAUGAGCUCCAUUAUACUUUAACAACCAAUGGAGCCAGUGGUCUAUACACAAUUCGAGCAAUGAACGACAAAGACUACAUCAUGGAACAUACCUCAAAGCUUAAUCUUGUGAGUGGAGGGAGUGCUGUAGGGAUUGUGUCUCUGAGUCCUCCUGCUGACACUUUCAUCAUUGGAAAAGACGUGACUCUCAUCAUUGAGGCCGAGGGUCCGGGGGGCAUCGAUUAUAAUUAUGCUGUGCUUCGCCUUCCUGUCGUCUCCAAGGUUGCCGACUUCACACCUCCACAAUGCAAAUGGUUUAGUCAACAGGGACAUUGCAUAAGCUAUCCGUGUGACUAUUCAACAUGGGAAGUGUCUGUCAACAUCACGGAUGACAUCACAGGUGUCGAAAGCGUUACCGCUCUGCAGGGCGGUGGAUACUUAAUUCAGACACCAGCAACAGAUGGUGGUAUAUCCAUGGUGAUGGGUCAUUAUAAGUCUUCAUGUUGUAGACUUUCUGCGGCUUUGCGCAUAAUUGACAAAGCGGGAAAUACUGAUAUAUGCACUUAUAUCUAUGAAAGAGAACCCAAUGCUGGCUAGGGCUGUGUAUUGCCAACAAUUUUCUCGAUAUGAUACAUAUACUGCCACAAUAGGAUACGCAUCAAAAUACGGGACAAUUUUAAAUGACAUUUUUGUUUAGUAUUUAGUAGCAUUAUUAUCUUGAUUGUACAUUAAAUAAGCAGUGUUGUAACAGUUGUGUUUUUGCCAUUCCUUUAUUAGCUUUCAGGGGACUCGUAGAAAUAUAUAAAAUCUCAGAACUACAGAACUUAACUCAUGUUGAUUCAAAGCAUUUUACAAAGAUAGUGCCUUACUCUAGGCAUUGUAUUCUUCUCUAUAAUUCUUCUUUAUAUGCAUAAACAUGUUUUCAGAAUAAAUACCAUUACUCUAUAGAAAUUAUUAUUAAUGUGUAUUUUGAAGUAUAUAGCUCCAAAUCUCUUCUCCCAAAGACAUACUUUUCACCUGCAGAUUUUUGUCGUCUUUCUUCACAAAUGUGUUACUGUGUUAUAAAAGAGUGGCUAAUAAAGUAGCAGGCACUUCAUUGAU